AUGCCCUCCAAGCCCCGCCAUUUGAUCUCCAUGCUUGAGUUGUCCAACGAUGAGUUGCACUCCUUGGUCAGCAGAACCCUCCACUUCAAGGCUCAAUUUAAAUCGGGCAAGCCGGCGCCAGAGUCUGUUUCCAAGGCUUUAGCUGGCCAGACUGUGUCUCUCGUCUUUAACAAGAGAUCAACCCGCACCAGAAUCUCAUCCGAAGGUGCUGCCGUUUACUUUGGUGGCCACCCGAUGUUUUUGGGCAGGGACGACAUCCAGUUAGGGGUUAACGAGUCGAUGUACGACACCGCCAGGGUCAUCUCUUCCAUGACCUCGUGCAUCUUUGCCCGUGUGGGGCCUCAUUCCGAUAUCCAGGAGUUGUGCCAGCAUUCCUCUGUUCCAAUCAUCAACUCCCUCUGCGACACCUACCACCCGUUGCAGGCAAUCACCGAUAUUGCUUCGAUUAAGGAGGCUUUUGGUAAGACCCAGGGCUUGAAGGUGGCCUGGAUCGGCGACGCUAACAACGUCAUCAACGAUCUCGCUAUCGCCGGAUUGAGAUCCGGUAUCGACGUUGCAGUGUGUACCCCCAAGGGCAUCAAGCUCGACGCCCAUAUUGUUAGCGGCGCUGCCGAGGUUUCGAAGCAAACCGGUGCUGUUUUGACCUUGCAUCACGAUCCAUUAGAAGCCGUCAAGAACGCUGAUAUUUUGGUCACGGACACCUGGGUUUCUAUGGGCCAAGAAGAGGAGGCCAAACAAAAGUUGAAGCAGUUUUCGGGCUUCCAGAUCUCACAGAAAAUGGCCACUGAUGGCGGUGCCAACCCGGGCUGGAAGUUCAUGCACUGUCUCCCAAGGCACCAGGAGGAGGUUCACGAUAACGUCUUCUACGACGAAUCCAGAUCUAUCGUCUUUGCGGAGGCUGAGAACAGAUUGUACGCAGCCAUGGCUGCUAUCGAGGGCUUCGUUGUCAACAAGGGUGACUUGCUGAAAUAA